CGCGAGCGGAGCGCAUGUGUCCCGUCGCCCCGUCCCGGAUCGUAUCUUACGUCCGAUACCGUGAUUAUCAUAAAUAGAAAAUAAUUAAUACGGAACUACACGCGUGUUGAGUGCUAUGAACUGGAUCUGACUGUGCCUGUGCUGCAGUGUGGACUUAAUAUUUUAAACUAAUCGCCAGUUUUAUGUCACUGGCUAAUUACAAUUUACAAUAUAUUUACUUUUAAUUUAAGUUGAUGGACUUUAGAAAACUGCCGUUAUUUCUACGAGCUUAAAAGGAUAUGAAAGCUGUGUAACACCUAUGACAUUACGUAACGGAAUGUUAUAACAUCGAAUAACUGGCCACAUCUUAGAUCACUGUUGGCGUAUACAUGAGAUGGUAUGGGUUCACAAAGCGUAGCAAAAUGGCGCUGGUGGCUUGUAGUGGCGGCAUGGUGGUGUGGCGCGGAGGCGCGGACGCUCUGCCCGGCCCGUUGUUCCUGCGACGACGCUCUGCGCGCUGCCUCCUGUGCCAAUGCCGGCCUCGAAAUAGUGCCCAUCCAGCUCAAUCCGGAAGCCACUCACAUCAACCUUACACAGAAUUCAAUCAGCAAUCUCCUCUACACCUUCCCAUUUUACACGCAAUUGACAGUUCUCGAUAUCUCUUACAACAAGAUUCAAGAUUUAGGUAGUAAGAAUUUUGAAAAUAACAUCGAAAUGACUCACCUUAAUUUGAGUCAUAAUUUCCUGAAACGAUUGGACGUCGGCACAUUCGUUGGACUAAAAAGGCUUGUUGAUUUAGAUUUAUCUAACAAUCAGAUAACAGACAUCCAUGUGCAGAGUUUUAAAGACUUAGCAGUUUUAGAAAGACUCGAUCUGUCAAGCAACAAAUUAGUAAGUUUUGAAGUCGAAACGUUCGAGCCUUUGUCAUCCUUGAAAAUACUAUCACUGAAAAAUAAUUCUAUUCUGGAUAUACCGUCAUCUAAUCUUAUGUACCUAAUUAACCUGGAAUUUUUAGAUCUAUCUGAGAAUUUGAUUCAACAAGUUUCGAAACAAGGCGUCCCAUACUUAAAAGAACUCAAACACAUAGAUCUUAAUAAUAAUAUCAUUGAGAGUAUAGAUCAACUAGGGUUUCAAAACCUGCCUUCGCUGCGCCACUUAGAUCUCAGUGACAAUAACAUGACUUCAAUUCCCACGUUUGCUCUUUCGAAACUAUCAAACUUAUCUCAUUUAUACUUAAGUGGAAACUUUUUUCAAAACGUGACGGCACUGUCUUUUCAAAGUUUAUUCCAUUUAAGACAUUUGCAUUUGAGUCGACUCUUCGAACUUGAAAAGAUUGAUUCCAGAGCUUUCGUCGACAAUAUCAAUUUGCAAAAGAUUUGGAUGAAUGAAAACAUUAAAGUGAGAGAAGUGCCACCUAGAUUAUUCCAUGGAAAUCCAAAACUGACCCAUAUUUAUAUGAAAAAUAACGCAUUGGAAACGUUAGAAGCUGCACAUUUUCCUAUUGAUAGAUUGCAAGAACUAGAAAUAUCCGGUAAUCCAUUCGUAUGCAAUUGCUCCUUACUGUGGCUGUGGAAAUUGGGAAGAGAAUGUGAAAUGAAUAUAAAGAGAUCUGAUAACGCAAGCACUAUACUAAAAAUAGACUACGAAGAAGUAAAAUGUGCUGCACCGGAGCAUUUAAAAGACAUUUUACUAGUGCCAAUUCCUGAAUCAGAAUUCGGAUGUUCGAAUGGUUGGGUCAUAGUAGCAGUCGUUGUGAUGACUGUGAGUAUAAUAAUCAGUCUUGUUGGUGGUGGAUUAUAUUUUAUGGGACCUUUAAAGAAAUGUAAAGGUGAUAAAUCUAAACAGGUGAUGACGAGUGUAAUGUUAAAUAGUGAUGUAUCAAAAUUGGGCAACGGAUUAGGUUAUUCGACACGAAGUAGAGAACAGGAGAAUAAAAGAGAAGUUGAUCGAUAUUUGAUGAUUGGGUCAUCCGUAACGAAUAACUUCCAUUCGCUGAAUCCUCCCUGGCACAGUGUUGAUAAAAAUCCUUAUUACCAGGAGGAUAGCGAGGAACAUAUUUAUCAACAAUUUGCUUACGAAACUAUACCACACCACCGAACUCCAGAGAAGCCACACAUAGUGUACGUUUAACAAAGGUUUUAAAACAAAAGACAAUUGCAACGAUAUAUUGGCUUCGUUCUUUGAUAGUAAUCUAUAGACGGACGUAAUAAUGCAAUAAUGUAUAUAGUGAUACGAUUAAAUUUGUAAUAUGUGAUAGCUUUGUACAUAGAUUUGUACAUAAUUUUUGCAGAUAAAGACAUAACAUUUAUGCAUAAU